AUGAAACGCAGUGGUGAACUUGUGAAAUAUGGUCUAGCCGCAGUCAAUAGACUGCUUGGAGUCUGUGGCGCUGACCAGGCUAUUGGACACAAUAUUGCAUGCUCCUCUCGCAAAAACAUUGCCACAAGCUCUAUCAGCGCCAAGGCAGCUGAGCUAAAUUUACAGGUUGUCAUAAAUGCCUUCCACGGCUUUUCUCACGACCGCCGCUGUCAGCUUCACAAUCACCCUUUGUAUCUGAAUGGCCUAGGCCUUGAAGACCUUGAAACUUGCAAAUGCAUCUUCGCUAGCUCAAACAGUGCUGCAGUCCUGAUUAGACAUGCAUCAUACUUCCAUUGGAUGCAAUUCCUUGACCUCCACUUUGAUCAGUGGGACAUGGACAGGUACACUGACCUUAGUGUGUUUCUGUAUAAUAAUUAUGUUCAAGCUCUCCAAAUCAUCAAGACGAACAUGCCUGUGCUUGAGGAGUUCAAGCGGCUCCAUAAUCUUAUGGACACAGACUUCAUAAACUGGCGAAAUGAGGAGUAUGGUUACCUCAGCAAAGUUGCUGUGGAACCUACUUCAGAUGCAAUUGCGAUGGCUUACGUUGAACAGCUCGAGAAGCUUGACUAUGCGGAAGCAAUGUACGGUCGUCUCACUUCUGUCCCCUUUCUGACGUACACUCCCGCCAAUUUUACUCGCACCUCUGGCCUCAAUGCCACUACUCGCAACAGUUCUAGGGCAUUUGAAUCCGAACAUGCAUCUGUGCUAUGCAAAUAUGAGCUGCAAUUGAAUGUUGUUGAAGACUUUGAGUGCCGUCACAGUAUUAUGGAGUGGUGGCUACCGCAUGACCCAAAAUAUGUGCAAGCAGCCAGAUAUUCUCAGGAACGUCAAUUCAUUCGUUUGGUUGAGGAGUUAGAGGGUUUGGUUGUUCAGCGUCUUUUUGAGUUAUCGAAGGCCAAUCUUGCUGGUACCGGUGGGCACUUACUAGAUCUUAAGAUAACCUUGGAGAAGUACAACAGACUUGCACCCUUACAAAAUCCACCAUGUCCUGUGCUCGACUACUCCAAAAUUGUUGGAUAUGCAUCUCUUGGUGAAUUCUCACUUCUGAAACACUUGCGCCACGAUAUCCUCACGAAACCAUGGACUGUAUCCACUAAUCAUGAGAUGGCUGUGAAGUAUUUCAAGUUGGUGCGAUCACAUGAAGAGAUUGUACAGCUCAAUGUCGAGAUCAAGCACCUACAGAGUUGGGUUGAGCAUGAGGACAGGACCAUCUUGGAAGCCAUUGAUUCACUCCUUGCUAAUAACCCAGAUUCUUUACUUGUAGCAGAGCUGAAGACGUUGUAUGCCAAGUGCCAUGGUGAACGUCCCGCUACAGACCAAACAAUCAUGGCACCCAAUGAAGAUGGAGAUGACAAGGGUAAUCUGGACAAUCAUGAAGAUGAUGCUGUGAACGAGGAGGCAAUAAGGCUUGAAGAUUUGGUGUCGCAUCUCACUUUGUAA